UCGGUGCCGGGCGGCUGCUGGCGGCGUCUCCCGUCCCGUCCCGUCCGGUCCGGUCCCGGGGAUGUCCGGCGGGGACAGCCGGCGGCGGGCCGGCCCCUCCUGGCACAGCACUUUCACUCGCUUCUUCUCCAGGAGCCCGCCCGGCGAGGGGGCGCCGAACAGUUCUGAAAACAAAGGGAGCGCAGCCAUAAAUUCAAAGAGCAGCCAAAAGGAGAGCACAACUCUGCCUGCACUUUUGAAGGCUUGUCAAAAUGAAGAGAAGAACCAUUCCACAGAAGAGCUUAGCAAGUGUGAAAUCCAGGAGGAGCUGAAAAAGGCCAAUAGCCUUCCUAGUCUGACUCCUGGAAGCAAAACAUCAGAUAAAGACAAGCAACCCCGAGAAGGCUUUUUUCAUUUCCUUGGAAGCUUAUUUAAUAUUGCAACACGAUCUUCUCUGGUAGAAUCUAAAUCCUCUACCUUCCAAGAUGAACCCAACAGAUGUGAAAAGGAUUUACAGAGCACAAACACCUUGCCAAAGGACAUGCAGCCAAAGCACCCCAAAAUUGAAGAGCCUACAGCUAGAAAAAAAGAGGAUUCUGUAAAUAAAGAUGAUGCCAUCUUAAAUAAUAUUGGGAAAGAUAACACACGGGAUCUUCAAGGAAGCUGGAAACAAUCCUCAGAUACAGAAAAGCAGACACGACGGAAGCCAGAGGCACCCGCAGUCACGUACGCAACAUAUCGGGGUUCUGCAAGGAUCAGGCAGCUCCUCAGGAACCAGGCAGCAACUGGAAAAGGAGAAAAAAGUCCUGAGAACAGAGAUGCUUCAACAGUCAAAGGAAAUGGAGAAGUCCAGACAACUCUGUCUGUGAAAUCAGGAUGCCUAAUAAAAGAAAAUGGAAGAGAUGAGGAUAACGAUCACCAAGAUGAUGCCGUGUUAAAUUCUUCUGCAGUUAGAGUGGGAAGCAAACAGUUUGGUAAAGCUCAGCAUUGCUUGGGCAGAAGUAAGCAUGAAAGAACUGCAAAGGCCACAGCUUCAUCCACUGAAUCAUGCCAUGAGUUACACUUAAGAAAUUCACCUGCGUUAGCUGCAACAAAAGUUAAAAGGACAUUUUCACUAGAUUCAUUAUUGCCAUUUAGUGGUAGGAACAGUGGGAUCCUAAGCAAUUCCACUUCCCAGAGUACUCAUUCCCUUCAAGUCAGUUCUGCAAAUGACUUGUUUGGAAAAGAAGAUGGACUGCCAGGAGAAGCAGAAACUCUCCUCCAGACAGACAAAAAUGCUACUUCUAACUUUGAUAAAGAAAAUUAUUGUAGUAAAGCAGGUAAUAAAAAGUCCCCAAAAGAAAUACAGGAUAAUUGUUUAUGUUCACCUAAGUCAAAAAGAAAGACAGUUAAUGAAGAACUGCAGGAGGGGAAGGGAGAAUUGUGCUGCAACCAUCAAGUGAAUAAUCACUCAGAGCAAACAUUGGAUGUCCAGAGGCUUCAUUUCAGUACCACUACAUUUCAGCAGAAAGCAGAUCAGCACACCAGGAGUGACAAUAAAGAUGGUGAUCCAAGAAAUGGUGAUACACAGAAAAUUGUCACAGCUGUGGACAGAGAGGAAAAUCCACAGAACUCUCCUGCUACUGUUCUUUUCCCUUUCAAUGAACAAAUACCUACUUCACUCAGCAUGGAAUCCAAAGGAGGAAAGUGCUUGGCCACAGGCAAUCUCACUGCCUCAGUGUCAUUUAUUGGACAUGAUGAAGAUACAGCCAUGGGCAGGGGUGCUUGUAAUGAAGAACUGAGUGGGUCAGGGAAAGCAGUGCACGUACAAAAUGGUCACGGGCUGAUCCACGUGGAGAAUUCUGAGGAUGCUCCCACACUGCAGACUGGUUUUCCUUGUCCAGGAAAGGAGAGUGAGGAAACAAUGAAGGCUUUGUCUGAGGUUGCCGUGGAAAACCUUGCCAGUGUGUCACCUUGUGCACAUGGGUGUCAAAGUGUGAAAACACAUUUUGAUGAGCUGACAGUGCUUCCAACCCACGAGUCUACCUCUAUGAUGGUUCCUCAUUCUGCCUUGAGAUCUGAAGGAAAGCCUUUGACCAACCAUUCUGCUUUCACCUGUGAAAAAGAUGAUGUAGAGCUAAUUUCUGAAUCUCCACCUGCUUCUGAAAGCAGGUGCAUUAAUUUUUCUUCCAAGAAGGAAAACAGCAAUAAACUUAGGCUAUCACCCACAGUAAUUGAUUCUUCAUCUGACAAACAAGGAAAAAUGCUGCCUUCUGCCACUAACUCUGAAAAUGGCCAGAUUGCUGCUUCUGAAAAGGACAGCUCUAUUUUUCCAGCUGCAGAGUCUGGGAGAAUAAUCCCUGUGAACAGGAUGACAGAGAGGCCGCCUUGCUCAGGAGGCCUGAGAACUUUGUGCCCAGCAAAUUCUCUGGAACCUGAGAUUACUCCUCCUGUGCUUGAUAGCUGUGCUGAUGGAGUAGGUGCAGAGGUUGUUUGCAUCUCCAGGCCCACUUCUCCUCCUCUGGUAUCCAGAGAAGCCUCCAACCUUCCUGUUUCUGCCUUGGAGAUGUCCAGCACUGCUCGGGGGAACAGUAAUUCUUCCAGUCCCAGAGCAAGUGAUGGGGCAGAUGAGGCCUUGUGCACACAACAGGCUGGCAGCAGUGUCCUGGCAGAGGCAGUGCCAUCACCCAUCUGUCCCUUGAUACCUUUGGAAGCUGCAUCUGAGUCAGCCCAUUCUGAGACUGUCUGCAGGGAUGCUGUGGGACGGGUGAUUCUUGGUGCUUCUGCUCCUUUGGAAGCCCCUUCUGGCCAAAAAGCUGCUGCACCUGCCCAGGCAAAUGGUCUCUGUUCUGGGAAAGGACAAGAAUGUUCUUCUUUCCCAGAUGCUGCUGUUUUGCUGAAGAAAGCUGAAGAAAUUGUGGACUUGGUUUUACACUUGGCUACAGAAGAAAUAAUAGCAAAAGAAGGCUUUGGUGUCUGCCAGCUUUGUGGGAGCAAGGGUGGUUUAAUAAAUAUGGAUAUUACAAAUUAUCAGAAGGCUGAGAGUGUACAGCUGGCAGCAGGAGAAAUCCAGUCAGCUGUGCAGUCAUUAAAAGAUUUUAAUGAGCCCAGUGGAGGAGGCUCAUCUUCGUUUACAGGAAAUGAAAGAGUGGAUACAAAUAAUAAAGAUAAAAAGAUACUCUCUUCCAUUCCUGAUAAAAUUGACCUUCAUAGGGCACUAGAACUCAAAGCAAAAGAAACAGUUGAUGGGGUCAUUAACUCAGCCAUACAAAAACUGGCAUCCAAUCAGCAGCAAGGCCCUGAGAGGAAAAGGCUUUCUGGAAAUGUUCAGCCCAAACCUGAGGCUGAAAUACCAAAGGCUUUAAGUCUGGAUAUGGGAUUUCCUGCCAACAUUCAGGAACCAACAGAGAUGGUUGAAACUCAGACUGUAGCUGUAAACUGUGAAAGGGCAGAUUGCUCAGGUCCUCCUUUGCUUCCACAUUGUAUGGAAAAUGGCAUAGGUUGGCCCCAAAAAGAUGAAAAAGUAGCAAAUAAUGCAAUUAGUCCUCAAACAAAUGGAUUUCUUUCCUCUGGCAGUUUAGCAAGGCCGGAAUCAGAUCUUCUGACACCAAUAAAAGAGAGGCACAAUGGAAAGGUGUGUGACCAGCUGGCUGCAGCAGAAAUGUGUGGCAGAGUAUCAGCAGUUAGAAAAUCUGAUGGAACUUUACAUUUUACAGAUAGAGAUGCUACUAUGGCUGAAGAAACACUUUUGCCUUUGCAGUUAAAAGGUUCAAGCAAUAAUACAAAUAUGCCAGAGUGCACACUGCUGCCAGCUGCAAAUGUUAAUUUGUCAUCUUUUAUGUGUGAUGAAGAAUGUAUCAGCCUGCAGAGUGACUCCAGAGAUAAAAGCAGCCCUCAGAUGUCUCUGGAAAGCAAUGCAGAGGACAGCCUGCACGAACACUGUGGGAAAGAGGCUGCAGAGGAAGUACCUGUACGAGCAGAAGCAACCUUACAAAAUUCCGAGGCAGUGGAGAGUGAAGAGGAGCUAGCAGAAGGGGCAAAUACUGGAGCAGAGGUUAAUGCUGGGUUAGAUACGCAGUUAGAUACACUGAGAUUUGAGUCCAUGGUACCUGAACCGUGUGUUCCUGGAGAGGCCAGUGAAGGGAAACACUGCUUCAGCACAGGCUUUGCCCAAAAUAAUGGCACUCUGAAGCUGGCACAAAUCAAGGGUCAAGACAUGGAGAGAAAUGAUCAGCUUGAAGGAAAUGGCCUGGACUACAGCAAUGGCAUGAAGGAACCAACAGAACUUUUGGCCUCUUCUCCCCUAAUUGAACAGUGGGAAAACAGUUCUUUUACCAUCAUUUAUGAAGGUGCUCUUCAAACUGAGAACAAAUCUGUCUCAACUGACGAGAUGCAGACUGGUUCUCUUUCUCCUUCUGAUUUGCCUUCAGAUAACACAGAUGAUCUGAGGCGUGCUGGAGCAAGGAGCAGGCAGGAGUCAGGGUGUCUGUUUGGGCAGGACAGCAAGGGGAGCGCAGCAGCCGAGAGCCGCGGCUCGGAGUCCUUCCUGAGCGUGGAGGCCAAGCGCUACAGGGUGUAUCCUUUCUCUCUGUCCCCCAUCUACGAGGAUGACAGCUCCCAGGAGGAUGUGCUGUCCACGGACGUGUCCCCAGAGAGCCGUGCUGGGGGAGCCUCCAAAGACAGCUCUGAGCACGCUUCUGUGCUUUCCCUCCUCCAGUCGGUGUCCGAGCGCUUGCAGUUCACUGCCCGCUUCAGCCAGGAGGAGGAGGAUGAGGAGGAUGGGGUGGAGGAGGAGGAGGAAGAGCCUUCAUAUGAGGAAGAUGUUCUUGAUGUUGAGAGAGAAGACAACUGCCUUUCCAGUCAGUGCAGAGGGGAUUUUAACGCAACCCCUCAAUCAAAUGACCAAAGUAGAUCUUUUCUUGAACAAUCAUUUCUUCUUUCAGAAGAGCAGCUUGACUCACAGGAGCAACCAGAACAGUUUCCAGAUGUGUCUUCUCCCAGUCAGACACCUUGUAAACCAGUUCCAGAGAAAGCUGAUGCUGCUGUAACACAGCCUCCUACAAGUGUGUACUACCAGUACUUGAAAUCUGCCAGAAAAGGCUCUUCUGAAAAGGGGACCAGGUUUGGAAGCUUUCUUCAGGAUAUGCUGCAGCCAAAGAAUCACUGGUUUCAAGACAACACUGUGCUAAAACUGGGAGAACUGUCAGCGAACCUCAUUGACAGGUCAAGUCUCAAGUACAACCCAAGACCAGGGAAGAUUAUUAUUUAUGAUACUUGUGGCAACAAAAGUAAACAAGAAGUUCAUUCAGAUGUGCUAGAUGCCUCAUCAUGGAUCUUUCCCAUUGGAACAGUACUUAGGAUAAUUAGAGGAUGUUGGAUUUUUUAUGAGAAACCAAAGUUCCAGGGCCGAAGACACGUACUAGAAGAAGGAGAAGCUGUGCUGGAUCACCUUUGGGAUCUCCCAGGCAUAAAACAUCAUCGAAGAAACCUCACAGUUGGUUCCAUCAAACACGUAACAAAGGACUGUGGCAUUCCAGAGGUGGAGUUCUGCCUGGCAGCUGGUAGUACAGAGGGACUUCCCAUCUGCAUACAGGGCGCAGCUGCCAAUUUAGAAGAGCUGGAUGUUGAGAAAAACCCUUAUAUAAGAGUCAGAUCAGGAGUAUGGCUUGCUUAUUCAGACUUGAAUUACAAGGGAGAGAUGACAGUUUUGGAAGAAUGUGAUUCACCACCUGAAAUUCCUUCAGCAGAUGUAAAAUCUCUGCGUCCCUUAAGAAUGGGUGGACUAAAGGUGCAAAUGCCAAUGAAUGUCAAGAUAAUAAUAUAUGAGAAAACCCACUUUGGAGGAUGGUCCAAAGAGUUUUCAGAAAACAUUGCUUCUGUCCCUGCACUGUUUGGUAGUGAGGAGGAGUUUCAGGAAAUUGGAUCACUGCGUGUAAUUGGUGGAGUAUGGGUUGCCUAUGACAAGGAACGUUACAAAGGCCAUCAGUUCUUGCUGGAGGAGGGGGAGUAUGAGGACAGAUGCUCCUGGGGGGGAAGUGACCGUGCCCUGCUCUCCUUCCGCUUCCUCCAGGCUGAUUUCAUAGAGUCUUCAGUGGCACUUUUCCAGUCUGAUGAUGAAGAUGGGAAAGCAUUUGACAUCAUCAAUGAAGAAAUCCCUGAUUUGGAGCAGGCUGGAUUUGGCCCCGAGACGAGGUCGAUUCUUGUGAAAAGUGGAGUGUGGGUGGCUUAUCAGCAGAAAUACUUCUGUGGAGAACAAUAUGUACUGGAAAAAGGAAAAUACAAAUGCUUCCUUGACUGGGGAGGAUCUAGCAAAACCAUCAUGUCAAUUCGACCUGUUAAGUUGGAGCCCCUUGGGACAAAUGAGCCUCCACAUUUGCUCAAAGCUUUCAGUAAUACACAUUUCCAAGGAGCAUGUGUAGAUUUCACAGCAGAAGUUUCUGAUUUUACAUCAUUCAUACCAUGUUCUUUUAAGGUUCUCCGGGGAUGUUGGCUCCUGUGUUACAAAGGGGAAACCACUGACAAUCACUGUGUGCUGGAAGAAGGCCUCUAUGUUGACCUCAGUUCCUGUGGCUGCCCAACUGCUACAAUCAAAUCCCUCAAGCCUAUUCAAUAUGUUUUUGCUGAGCCUUCCAUCAGCCUGUUCAGCCUGGAAUGCUGCAAGGGCAGAGAGCUGCACUUCAGUGAAGCAGUCAACUCUGUUCUGAACGAGGACCUUCAUUUUUACACCCAGUCUGUGUGGGUGAGAAGUGGAUUGUGGAUUGCCUACGAGGGAUGCAAUUUUUUAGGCGAGCAGAUUCUGCUGGAGCCCAGGGAGAUUUCAAACUGGAGUGAACACAGUGGCUGGAAAGUGAUUGGCUCCCUUCGUCCUGUGAAGCAGCCAGCAGUGUACCUGAGGGUGAGGAACAGGGCGCAGGGCAAGUACCUGAGCGUGGCUGGGAGCCUGGCGGACGUGCGGGCGGCCUCGGUGUGCGCGGCCCCGCGCGGCCGCAGCGACGCCCAGCUCUGGCUCUACUGCCGCGGCCUCCUCAAGUCCAAGGCCAACAAUACCUGUCUGGAUGUCAUUGGGGGCAGAGACCUGCCUGGAGCCAAAGUCGCCCUCUGGACAGAACAUGGGAGGGACAGGCAAAAGUGGAGACUCAACGAGGAUGGAACCAUCAGUUCAUACCUCAGUGAGCAACUGGUGCUUGAUAUUAAAGGAGGAAAUUACUAUGACAAGAAUCACAUCAUUAUGAAUCAGCCAAUAGAAAACAGACCUUCACAGAAAUGGGAUAUUGAAAUAUUCAUCAAAACCAGCUCACCUUGGCAUGUAUUGCCAAAGGUGCCAGCAGCUGCACUCCAGGGCUGGCUGCACGCUCCCAGAGCGGCUUGGGGACAUCAGGGGCACCGUGGUGGCACCAAGGACAACUGAUGGGCAGAGCUUGGAGUGCCAGGGCUCUCCUCAAUUUCCACACUAUGCAACCACAGCCAUUGCUCCAGCACAGCCAGACCUCACUGACUGCAGGUGGUGCUUGACAAGUUUUUCCCUGGCUCAGCCACAGCCCUUUGGAAGGCUGUGAACUCCUGAUGGGGAAGAGAAGUCCCUCAGCUCCCCAGCUUCAGCAGCACUAAAUUAAUCUUCAUUGAAAAUAUAUUUUUUCCAGCAUUUGUACAUUCAGGGUAUGUAUUUCUAGGACUAUUUAAAGAGUUCAGGUUAGCUGAAGACAGAUAUUUGAGAUUCCAAAAGCUAUGCCAGCUGGGCACUCAAACAGGAUCAUCCCCAAACAAAGACAUAACUAAGUUUGCCACAGAAAUAAAAUAUAUGGAUGUCUAUUUUUGUACGAAAUGGAGUUCUAUAUAGUACUAUUUAAAAAAAAAUCUACUUGCACUUACUAUUUUACAUUCUAAAAUUAUCAAAAAUCUGUUGUUUGAGUAAGAUCCUCAAAUGUAUGUAUAUAUUUUUUCAACUGAAGCACUUGUUAAGCUUUUUUCCAUACAAGUCAGUACAUCAAGUGUUCUGCAUGUGACUUUCCAUAUGAAAUUUUAAAAGCCUGUGUAAAAAGUUGUAGUUUUUUAAGUGAAGAAUGACUAAAUCAUACUUGGUGUCUCAGUGUUACAUAACAAAGUAAAGCAGGCUUUUGUACUUAAGAGACCUUGAAUGUAAAUUGCUAAAGCAUGUAUAUUUUAACUGUAUAAAACUUUUCAG